AAUGAGAACGACAAUGCGUGAUAAGCCGCAGAAGUACUUUUGUACAGUUGUUAGUGCUGAGAAGUAUUCACAGUUUACGAUACAACGUGUAAUAGCACUGACACGAGUAAUACUGCAGCAAUGCGGAACAGUGCUCAGGAUGGCAGUCCACAUGCGUUUCAGGCUGUCCAGCAGACUGCCGAACACCAUCAAGAUCUAAUGGUUGUACCAGCUUUUGAGGACAUCCUGGACGCUAUCGGCUCUAGGGGAAAAUUCCAGAAGAGAUUAAAUAUUGUUUUCAAUUGCUUUGGUCCAAUCAUCAACAUACUGAGUGUCCACACGUACAAUUUUGCUAUGCAGACUCCCGACCACUGGUGUCACGUUCCAGGCAGAGAGCACACCAACUUUACACUUUAUGAGUGGAAGAGCGCCACUAUUCCCAAGGAACGAGGAACAUUCAGCAAGUGCCGGAUGUACAACGGGAGCGCCCUGGACGCUGCCCCUACGGUACCCUGCCAGCACGGCUGGGAGUACGACGACACGUGGUACUCUUUGACGGUGCCGUCACAGAUGAACUGGGUCUGCGACGACAAGCACAUCGUUAGUGACGUCAUGUUCUACGCGCAGAACAUCGGUGUGCUCCUGGGACUCCUGUUCGGCUACCUGGGUGACAUGUAUGGACGUCGGCCACAGCAGUUUGCCUGCUUGGUGGGACACAUCGUGAGCAGGGUAGCACUUCUGUUCACUCCAUCACAAAUCGCGCUGUUUGUCAUGGCGGAGUCGCUGGUGUCGGGUGCUGCAGGACUCAUGAUAGAAUCGGCCAUUUCUGUAGGUCUGGAGCUGACGGAUAUCAGAAACCGAUCCAGCAUAAAUUGCAUGGCAAACGUUGCUCUGGCUGUCGGAUUGGCUUUUGCCAGCUUGUCUGUUCAGAUCUUUCCCAGCUGGAAGUAUUCCAUACUUUUUGCGGCACUGUGCUGCCUUGUGUUACUACUCUUCUACAGGUGGUUCCCCGAGUCGCCGCGCUGGCUGACGUGCAGAGGGCGCGAGGAGGAGGCGCUGAGCGUGCUGCGUCGAAUCGCGGCCACCAACGGCGCCAGCGUGCCGGCUUUCACCCAACAGGUGCUGCACAGCGUGGCCAAGACCAAGCGGGAUCGCAUGGGCUACUUAAGCAUCUUCUCCAGCUGGAACCUCUUCAAGAACACACUUCUGCUCGUCGUUGCCAGGUGCAUAGCAUGGGUGACGAUGUUUUCGCUGGUGCUGAGCGUGGGCAUCAUCAGCGUGAACCCGCUGGUGACGGUGUCUGCGCAGUGCGGCGCGCAGGUGGCGUCCCUGCUGCUGGUGCACUACUGCGGCACCCGCUUCGGUCGCCGCUGGUCCGGCGUCGGCUGCCUGGCGCUGGUCGGCCUCCUAGGAGUGCUCGGCGUUGUGCUGCUCACAUCUGAUGUACCAAGCAUCGCCAUGGUGGCAGUAGUGAUGGCUAUGCAGUUCUUCUCGACUGCCGCUGGAAGUGUCACCACCCUGCAGAGCAUCGAGGUGCACCCCACGUGUCUGCGCCAGAUCACCGCCAGCGUCGAAUACGCAGUCGCUGGCAUUUGCUUGUCACUUGUUCCAUACAUCGUCUUCCAGGGAGGCUCCGUGGACCGUAGGGUCCCAUUCGCCAUCUUGUCGGCGAUGAACCUGCUGGGAGCAUUCUCAGUAUCCUUCUUGCCGGAAACUGCGCUGGAGAAGUUGCCAGAGUCGCUGCAGGACGCUGCCCUCUUUGGGAAAGGCCGCCCCUACUGGAGUUGGAGACUUACGCCCUCGCCUUCAUACGUUCAAGAAUAAUAGGUUCCCUCGAGUUCGGCACAAUCUCCCUUUUUAUCUUGCAUACUCGGGAAUGAGGAACAGUUUGUCUACUCAAAUACGGAAAACAGCUUUAGCGAUCAUGCUCAGACUGGCUGGUCGCACCUGACCAACGACUUUAAACAGGGACGACUCUUGUGUGGGAGAUAACGAGGCUGCCAGGUACAUCACAAUAUUUGUGACAUGGGAGAUACGUACUUUAGAAAAAACUUAGAAAAUCUCAAUAUUUAUGUUCGGUAUUCGUUGCUUUCCCUCCACGUCACAAAAAAAGAAAGAAAUGCUCCUGUUUCAAAGCAGCUACAGCCUACGUAUGAACUAACUAGAUUACGACGCACACAGUGCUUUGUCAUCACGUAAUAAGAGCAUUCGAUGGCUCUGAACGUCCAUGUCACAGGCCCAACGAGCUGGUUCAGAUGUGCCUUCAACAAAAGAUAGCUCUCUGUUGUUAAGAUAUAUGGAAACUGCCUUACCACUUGUGCCCAAAUUUGCCUUCCGCCCUGAUAUUUGCCAACUCACAGUUGCCCCUCUGGUGAGGAGGAACCAUCUAAUUUGUGCACAACUGAAAGUUCAGAUAUCUCAAGUUUCUUAGUGGAUCCCAGUGGAACCAAAGCUCUUCAGGUACCACAACGUGAAUGAAGUCGUGGUCAAACAGCCUGAAACCUCUCGAUUAGCAUUUCUAGCUUUUUCCGAACAGUGGCCAGUUCCCCUUGUAAUUGUAGGAAAGAAGUAUAGUCACUAUCCGUCUCCCGCAACGUACAAAUCUGAGAAGGGUUUUAAGUCGAGUCAUCAUACAAUCAUCUAAAUGAAGACCGAACGAAGUCUCCUAAAAUAGAUUAAACUACGGCAAUUUGAUGCUAAUCUACUGAAUUUACGAACUAAAGAGAAUAAAAAGAAGAAAAUAGGAACGAAUCCAGGCGUAUUUAGACAGCAAUAACAUUUUACUCGUAUGAAUUACACACACUGAGCACGUUUACACCGAACAGAUACACACAGUAUGGGAAAAGUUAAAGUCUUACGCAAGUCUGUUGAAAAUAAUCUAAAAGUGAUGUAUUUAUCAAUUAUUCCUGAUUGUACACCCGAUGUCAGACAUAUAGAGCAAAUUACCGCGAUCACUAAAAUUGUUUAUAUUGUCAGAUAAACUGUUGGACCCUCCGUGGAUACGUCGUAAUUAAUCAGCUGCAGGAAAUAUUACUUGAAGAUUUACGUAGACAAGAUAUGAUCAUCGGAACAAACAACAUGACCGAAGGAAAGUAUUCAUAAGAAAUUUGGGAAUUGUUUAUGUAAACCCCUGUGAAUUUUAUGUUUCUUCCACUUUGAAUCAUGAGAAGAAUUGAUCCGCUUCCUAGUGUGUGGAAAUGAUCUCUUUCUUAUUUUGUGUUGUUCAGUAUCUCAGUAUCGUCCAUCAGAUUAUUCACGGCACCACGAUAGCCUCUAGAGUCAUGUACAACCACCAAUAGUAAAACCUUUAAGUAAUAGUCUUUGACUAAAUGUAAUAAUUUUCAUACUUCUCCUAGAUAAAGUUUUUCAGAUGUGUAUUAGAUCACAAAAGAAACGUUCUUCGAAAUUCGUGUCCUAUGAUAACAAGGGCAGUAGCCCAUGGACUGCUUACAAAAAACUCCUCUUUCAAGUUUGUCGUCACCAUUUGACAUUGUACAAAGUCAACAUGACCAGUCAAACUAGAGUUUAACGUCACAUGGAUGACGACAUCUUUAGAGGGGGAUAGAGGAAGAAUGAAGCAGCAAAUCUUUCGAUUCCUUUCAAAGGAACCAUCCUGGUAUUCGCCUUAAAAGAAUUACGGUAAUCGUGGAAAACUUUAGUCUACCUUAGUCUGGUCAAUGAGUCAGAUUGCUCGAUAUGUAAUAGAUCAAUGUCUCCAUUCUAAUUGUAAUAAAUGAACUGGAAAAUACCGAAUAAUAUUUCAAGAAAUAGUUGAGCGAUUUGUAGUUUUAGAAAUUUUAUUGUAGGUGCAGGACAGUUGGUUAAGGAAAUUGAGAUUUCAGUCAAAACUUACUUGGAGGUAAAGAAAUUCGUUCAAUUACGAAUCAACAUAGGAAAUCUCUACUGACUCCAAACAAAAAUUUAGAGCAAACAUAUAAUACUAUAUACUGGACGUUGAGGAAAUAGUCAAGUACUAUCAUUUAAUGGUAAACGUGGUAGGUGUCUUUAAGGAUCCAAUAAAGAAAAGACCCAAGUAAAUAAUGGACCCUUGAUACUGCUGGGAAAAGCUUUAAGGCAGCCGAAGGUGAGAGGAAUUUUUUUCCUAUUCCCUUGAAGGACAUAGUUGUUGCUGGACUUCGCGCAGAACUGUCAUAAGUAACCAAUAUCAUAAUAGAAACCAACACUUGAAAUGUGGGCUGUUCUAUCUGGCAUAACAAGUGGAAAAAUGGGUGUCCUUAUCUGAUUAUAGUCCUCUGAUUAUAGUCCUCCUUAGGUUGUAAGGCAACUGGAUAUUCUCUCCAAAAAAAGUCCCAUCCGCAAUCCCUAUGUCCCAUUUCCGGCUGAGAGUUGGCUGAAAAGAACAGAAUUCUCCAAUGAGCCAAAUCUAAAACAGUCUACAGUGAUACAUAGACAAAAAAACUGAAUUCAAAUUAGUGACAUACAUGCUACAAACUCAGCACAAUACUACCUACAAACAUAUGUAACUACUCAUCGUGGUAAUCGGGAUUGGUAGUUUUGUUAAAUUCUAUAUUUACAGUGAUUAAUCAAAAAAAUAAAUACUGAAUCUGCAAUAUUAUUCACACUGUUAAGUAUUUGGGCUAGCAUGGCACUCUGAAAUAACCCAAUACUACGAUAACAUACUUACGGACAUGGGCUAUUCCGAAGUAAGCACGAAAUAAUAUUUAAUACACAGCUCGCGACUCACCGCCUUCUAUUGUGGAGAGAAAAUAUGCGUGCUUUUACGCAAACUGUAAUGAUUAAUGUGAUUCUUAGG